AUGCUUGGCCAUUGUACAUCUGCAGCCAGCCUUGCUCAUUCGAGGUCUGCAGCCAGUCUUGACCGCUUGAGACCUGCAACUAUUCUUGACCGCUUGAGACCUGCAACUAUUCUUGCCCGCUCUGAACCUGCUGGUCCCUUCUUGAUCGGCAACCAUUCUCCUUCUGGCUCUCCGACCACUGUUCCCUGGCUGGCCAAUCCCAGGUUUCCGGACUUGACCCGCUCCAAGUCUCACACUCUUGCUCGCCCCUGA